ACAUAUCAGUGGCUUGCAAUGGAGCGAAACGGAUAGAGCGUGGAAAUGACAAAAUUAAGGGAAAUCAUCUACAGCCUCUCACUCUUUUCAAUUUCAGAGAAACUGCAAUGGAGAGCGCUCUUCUCUCUGCUUCCCGCUUCACUACUGCUCUGCACAAAGCAGAAAGAGAAGUAGUAGGUGGACCUGUGGCUGUGAGGAAAUUACAGAGCUCAUUCUAUGGCAAAGAGAUUAAUAGUCAUACUCUUUUCACUAAAAACUUCAAAAAAAUCAAUCUCACUAUCACCUCAGUGAUGCGGAAGAAACUGAUAAAGAAGGAGACUGUUGUUCCUGAUCCAGAUUACCGAAUUCCUAUUGUCCUUCUAGGGUUAUCUGGUGGUUUAUUUUAUGUGGAAAAUCUACCCGCAGCAGUUCCUAUUGGUCUUCUUGGAUUACUCCUGUUAUUCCAGACAACAAGAGUGAGAUUUGUCUUUGAUGAUGAGGCUCUGGAGGUGAAAGUUGGGGAGCAACUCGAGGAGUCAGGUGAAAAUGUUUUCGUGGGUGGAAAGAACCGCUGGAAAUAUUCUUCAUUUGUGAACUGGGAGCUAUGGUGGCCAAACUUUCCGAUUUUGGUUUAUUUUAAAGAGAAACAGACAAAACCCGAGGGACAAAUACACUUUUUCCCAGUGAUUUUUAACGGGAGGCAACUGUACGAUGCUAUGGUGGAGAGAUGUGGCCCUUCAAAAACUAGCGGACCAAAGUAGUGCAACAUGAGCUCCAGGGAGAAGACGAAUAUGAGCCAGACAAACCAUACAAUCAGAAUUUGUGGCAAAGGUAUGAAGCUCAACGAGGUUAAGGAACUCGUCAGUUGAGUCACAAGAUGUGGUUUCAUCAAUUAAUGUAUAUUCCCUUUCAUGUUUUUACACGUCUGUAAAAUCACAAAGAUAAACUAUCAAUCUGAGUAUGUGUCACAACUCACAAAAUCAUGUAUUAUAUGUAUCACCAUUACUGUAUGAAAGGCGGUAACUGGAUGCAAACUAUAUGUAUUCACAUUUGGAAUGUGUUACAAAUUCUAGCUCAUAUAUUGUAUCAUACAUUUUACAGUUCUAACAUAUAAUUUGGUUUUCA